CUCACUACACAUUCUCUGGCUGCUGCUCCAACCUGCAUGCAUAAUGCUUCAUAGCGGGUAUCCAUAAACGCCACACGAUUUAUAAAAUCCAGACAGGUGGCGAAGACGCAGGGAGUUUAACGUCAGUGUUUUACAGAUAUUUUGUCUUUUCAAAUUGAUUUUUAGUUUCGGCUACGAAGCACUCAAAAUCCCAAAUCUGCUGUAGUCACGUGAUACAAACAAAGCUGAAACUGGACCGGAGCCCUUUUUUCCUUUUGAUCAAACUCCCGACCUGGAAAAUUGCCUCAGACUGUGAACAUUUUGUCGGAAAAGGGCAAGUUGGGCUACAAUCUCUCCUUGUAGGGCGGCGGUGUUGUGAAGCAAUGUCUCGUGUUUGUAAGAAAAAGCCAUCUCUCUGCACGGAUGAGCCACUUGCUCAAACCGAAGUAUUUCAGAAGUUGACAUUACUGCGGCACAUGCUCUCCUCCUGCUGUGGCCCGUUUGGCAGGCUGAAACAAAUUCACAACAACGUGGGAGGACACGUUCUGACCACCUCUACCUCCGCGGUGUUGCUCAAAGCUCUCACCUUCUCUGAGCCACUGCUUAAACUGAUAGCAACAUUAAUUACUAACCACAUAUUGCGUUUCGGUGACUGCGGUUUGUUCACAGGCAUCUUUUGUAUUGGCCUCGUUGAAAACGCCCAGAGACUGAACCUCGGGGCUGCAGCGGCAAGCCGAGUAUACAAGCAGCUGUUAAAAGAAUCUAUACGUUAUCUUACUUCAGAUUGUUGUGGCUGCAAAGUUCAGGUGGACUUCAACAGUAUUCAGUCACUCAUGGCUCUAGCCCACAGUGUGAUCACAAGCAAAACAGCCUGUAUGCUGACCCCUGAUGAGGCUCAGCAUAUAAUUUCUCUCACUGUGCAGGCCUUCCUUCAGUCUGUUCCCUGUGAUUCAUCCGACAGAACUUGCUUUGGCAGGACAGUGACCGUGCCUUUAGAAGGUCAGCCAGUGAGAGACUCUGCAGUUUUCUCAGGACUGCUAGUGGAAGUACCUAUGCAGCAAUCAGAAGAGUUACAGAGGCUGAGGCCUGGUCCCUGUAAAAUUGUGUUAUUCAGCACAUCUCUGUCUGGUGAUUUCUCUGAAAUUGGAGAGGCAAAGUUGGAGAUCCACACAGGAGUGAAUCCAGAGGGGGCUCUUUUGGACCAGCUGCUGCAGCUUGGAGAGCAGGCAGUCAGGGAUGGUGUGGGUCUGUUUGCAUGUCAAAAAGUGAUUCACCCAGUCCUGCAGCAUUACUUGAGGGAACAUGGGCUGGUGGUAAUCGAGAGGCUUGGAGCUGCACUCAUGGAGCCUUUUGCCCAAAUGACGGGUGCCAUUAUGGUAGAAUCUCUCUACUCUCCAGUCCUGGACAAAGCAUAUGGACAGGUGGGAGGACUCUGUCUCCAUCGCAGAGGAUCUAAAGAGCUGCUCCAGCUCCUUCCUGUUGGAGAGCCAGCUGUGAGCACCAUGCUGCUCUGCCACAGAAAUGAAACCAUGUUAGAUGAGUUAAAGGUGACAUGUCAAAGGGCAGAGCACAUACUGAGACUAACUCUUAAGGAGCCUUAUGCACUAUUAGGAGGAGGCUGUACAGAGACACUGCUGUCUGCUUAUAUCAGAUAUAUGAGCCAGUCAAAGGCCAUUAAAGCAGCCACAGCUCUAAACUGCUCACAUUCUCAGUUCCUGCUUGGUGUAGAGGCAUUCUGCUGCUCUUUGCAGACUAUGGCAUUGUCUCUGAACCAUGGUGGCCAGCACUGUCUCAUGGACUUGACCCAUGCUCAUCACUGGGUCACAGCAGUGGACAUGGACUCCCAAACCAGUGCCUUGCUAUCUUGCAGCUGUGGCCUGGUGAAGGACAGGCCAGGUCUGGAGAAGACUUCUAUAAAUACAAAGUAUUGUUCCUUCUUUCCAGCACUUACUGAAAAAUCUGAUUGUCAACCCAGAUUGCUGGACUCAUUUACUGCCAAGCUUAGUGCGUUGAAUGUUGCAGUAGAGAUGGCCAGUCUUGUGCUGGAUGUGAAAUACACCAUCAAAGAUGUGAAUUGAGUUUAUAUUUAAACAUCUGUGACACAAUUAAAAUUAUUGAUUACAAUGAA